AUGAUUUCCUGGGACAUGGUCCACACCAUAUUCCUGCUCGCUCUUCUUUAUCCUUCCCGAGCGCAGGAUGCAAUCCCCCAGUCCGAGGUCGAGGCAGAAGAAAUUCCCGAGGGGGCCUCCACAUUGGCAUUUGUGUUUGAUGUGACUGGUUCCAUGUAUGAUGAUCUAGUUCAGGUGAUCGAGGGGGCUUCCAAAAUUUUGGAGACGUCUUUGAAAAGACCUAAGAGGCCUCUUUUCAACUUUGCUUUGGUGCCUUUCCACGAUCCAGAAAUUGGCCCAGUAACAGUUACCACAGAUCCCAAGAAAUUUCAGUAUGAGCUCAGAGAACUCUAUGUUCAGGGUGGUGGCGACUGUCCAGAAAUGAGUAUCGGAGCUAUAAAAAUUGCCUUGGAAAUUUCUCUUCCUGGGUCUUUCAUCUAUGUUUUCACUGAUGCGCGAUCCAAGGAUUAUCGACUCGCUCAUGAGGUGCUGCAGCUUAUCCAACAGAAACAGUCACAGGUGGUAUUUGUGCUUACUGGAGAUUGUGAUGACAGAAGCCAUAUUGGAUACAGAGUCUAUGAAGAAAUUGCCUCUACAAGUUCUGGUCAAGUGUUCCAUCUGGACAAAAAACAAGUUAAUGAGGUUUUAAAAUGGGUGGAAGAAGCAGUGCAGGCUUCCAAAGUUCACCUCUUAUCAACAGAUCAUUUGGAACAGGCUGUAAAUACUUGGAAAAUUCCCUUUGAUCCCAGUCUAAAAGAGGUUACUGUGUCUCUGAGUGGCCCUUCUCCAAUGAUUGAAAUUCGCAAUCCUUUAGGAAAGCUGAUAAAAAAAGGAUUUGGCCUGAAUGAGCUAUUAAAUAUUCAUAACUCUGCCAAGGUGGUGAAUGUUAAAGAGCCAGAGGCUGGAAUAUGGACAGUGAAGACGUCGAGCACUGGAAGACACUCUGUUCGCAUCACUGGCCUCAGUACUAUUGAUUUUCGAGCUGGUUUUUCCCGAAAGCCCACCCUGGACUUCAAAAAAACAGUCAGCAGACCAGUGCAAGGAAUACCUACCUAUGUGCUGCUGAAUACUUCUGGAAUUUCCAUCCCAGCUAGAGUAGAUCGUCUUGAACUUCUGAGUAUCUCAGGCAGUUCUCUUAAGACUAUUCCUGUUAAAUAUUAUCCUGAGAGAAAACCUUAUGGCCUAUGGAAUAUUUCUGAUUUUAUACCACCAAAUGAAGCUUUCUUUCUCAAAGUAACAGGCUAUGAUAAGGAUGAUUUUCUCUUCCAGAGAGUGUCAAGUGUUUCCUUCUCUAGUAUUGUCCCAGAUGCUCCAAAAGUUACAAUGCCUGAGAAAACCCCAGGCUACUACCUGCAGCCGGGCCAGAUUCCCUGCACUAUUGACAGUCUUUUGCCUUUUACCUUGAGUUUUGUCAGAAAUGGAGCUACACUUGGAGUCGACCAGUAUUUAAAAGAAUCCGCCAGCGUGACCUGGGAUAUUGAAGAGGUCACUCUGUCUGACGAAGGCGCCUAUGAGUGCAUUGCUGUCAGUAGUGCGGGGACUGGACGAGCACAGACGUUCUUCGAUGUGUCAGAGCCCCCACCAGUCAUCCAAGUGCCUAAUAAUGUUACAGUUACUCCUGGAGAAACCGCAGUUUUGACGUGCCUUGUCAUCAGUGCAGUGGAUUACAAUCUAACCUGGCAGAGGAAUGACAGAGAUGUCAGGCUGACAGAUCCAGCAAGAAUGAGGAUCUUGGCUAACCUUUCCCUGGAGCUCAGGAGUGUGAAAUUCAGCGAUGCAGGAGAGUAUCGCUGUGUUGUUUGCAAUGAAGGAGGAUCAUCGACUGAGCCCGUUUUCCUCACAGUUCAAGAACCACCCAAAGUCACUGUGAUGCCCAAGAAUCAGUCCUUCACAGGUGGAUCUGAGGUCUCCAUCAUGUGUUCUGCAACAGGUUAUCCCAAACCAAAGAUCGCCUGGACCUUGAAUGAUAUGUUUAUCAUGGGUUCACACAGGUAUAGAAUGACCUCAGAAGGUAACUUACUUAUCAAAAAUGCAGUUCCCAAAGAUGCAGGUAUCUAUGGUUGCCUGGCAAGUAAUUCAGCUGGAAUGGAUAAACAGACUUCUACCCUCAGAUACAUUGAAGCCCCGAAGUUGAUUGUAGUUCAGAGUGAGCUCUUGGUUGCCCUGGGGGAUACAACAGUUAUGGAAUGUAAAACCUCUGGUAUUCCUUCACCUCAAGUUAAAUGGUUCAAAGGGGAUCUUGAGCUGAAGCCCUCAACAUUCCUCAUUAUUGACCGUCUCUUGGGACGUUUGAAGAUUCAAGAAACUCAAGAUUUGGAUGCUGGUGAUUAUACGUGUGUUGCUGUCAAUGAUGCUGGAAGAGCAGCUGGCAGGAUAACUCUGGAUGUUGGCUCACCUCCAGUUUUUAUACAAGAACCUACUGAUGUAUCUAUGGAAAUUGGCUCAAAUGUGACAUUACCUUGCUAUGUCCAGGGUUAUCCAGAACCAAAGAUUAAAUGGCGAAGAUUAGACAACAUGCCCAUCUUCUCAAGACCUUUUUCAGUGAGUUCCAUCAGCCAACUAAGAACAGGAGAUCUCUUUAUUUCAAACUUAUGGGCAAGUGAUAAAGGAACAUAUAUUUGUGAAGCGGAAAACCAGUUUGGAAAGAUCCAGUCCCAGACAACAGUAACAGUGACAGGACUUGUCGCUCCGCUCAUUGGAAUCAGCCCCCCGGUGACCAGCGUGAUUGAAGGGCAGCAGCUUACUCUGCCUUGUGCUUUGCUGGCUGGAAAUCCCAUUCCAGAGCGUCGGUGGACUAAAAAUUCAGCCAUGUUGGUCCAAAACCCUUACAUCACUGUACGCAGUGAUGGGAGUCUCCAUAUUGAAAGAGUCCGCUUGCAGGAUGGAGGCGAGUAUACUUGUGUGGCCAGUAACGUUGCUGGAACCACUAACAAAACGACCACUGUGGACGUGCAUGUUCUGCCAACCAUUCAGCAUGGACAGCAGAUCCUUAGUACCAUUGAAGGCAUUCCAGUAACUUUACCCUGCAAAGCAAGUGGAAUUCCCAAACCAUCUAUUGCCUGGUCCAAGAAGGGGGAGCUGAUUUCCACCAGCAGUGCUAAGUUUUCCGCAGGGGCUGAUGGAAGUCUGUACGUGGUGUCCCCCGGCGGUGAGGAGAGUGGGGAGUAUGUGUGCACCGCCGCCAAUGCAGCUGGCUACGCCAAAAGGAAAGUGCAGCUGACUGUCUAUGUAAGGCCCAGAGUGUUCGGAGACCAAAGAGGACCAUCCCAGGAUAAACCUGUUGAGAUCUCAGUCCUUGCAGGAGAAGAGGUGACCCUUCCAUGUGAAGUGAAGAGUUUACCCCCACCCAUCAUUACCUGGGCCAAAGAAACCCAGCUCAUCUCUCCAUUCUCUCCAAGACACACGUUCCUCCCUUCUGGUUCAAUGAAGAUCACUGAGACCCGUGUUUCAGAUAGUGGGAUGUAUCUUUGCGUCGCCACAAAUAUUGCCGGGAAUGUGACUCAGUCCAUUAAAUUAAACGUCCAUGUGCCUCCAAAGAUACAGCGUGGCCCUAAAGUUAUGAAAGUCCAAGUCGGUCAAAGAGUGGACAUUCCAUGUGGUGCUCAAGGGACACCUCUUCCUGUUAUCACCUGGUCUAAAGGUGGAAGCGCUGUGCUGGUUGAUGGCCUGCAGCAUAUUGCUCUUCCAGAUGGGACAUUAAGCAUCAAACAAGCGGUGCUCUCAGAUGCUGGCGUAUAUACAUGUGUCGCUACUAACAUAGCAGGCAGUGAUGAAACAGAGAUAACACUACAUGUUCAAGAACCACCUAUUCUGGAAGACCUAGAGCCUCCAUAUAACACUCCAUUCCAAGAAAGAGUGGCCAACCAACGCAUUGCAUUUCCUUGUCCUGCAAAAGGUACCCCCAAACCAACCAUCAAAUGGUUGCGGAAUGGUAGAGAGCUGACAGGCCGAGAGCCUGGUAUUUCUAUAUUAGAAGAUGGCACGUUGUUGGUUAUUGCUUCUGUUACACCAUAUGACAAUGGGGAGUAUAUUUGUGUGGCAGUCAAUGAGGCUGGAACCACAGAAAGAAGAUAUAACCUCAAGGUCCAUGUUCCUCCAGUAAUUAAAGAUAGAGAACAAGUAACAAAUGUGUCCGUGUUGGUCAACCAGCCAACCAGUCUCUUUUGUGAAGUUGAAGGUGCUCCAUCUCCCAUCAUUAUGUGGUAUAAAGAUGAUGUUCAGGUGACUGAGAGCAGCAGUAUUCAGAUUGUAAACAAUGGGAAGAUAUUAAAGCUCUUCAGAGCCUCUCCAGAGGAUGCAGGAAGAUAUUCCUGUAAAGCAAUUAAUGUUGCAGGCACUUCUCAAAAGCAUUUUAACAUUGAUGUGCUAGUCCCACCCACCAUAAUAGGUACUGGCUCCCCUGGUGAAGUCUCAGUUGUCCUGAACCAGGAUACCACCCUUGAAUGCCAGGUGAAAGGCACCCCCUUCCCCGUUAUUCACUGGUUCAAAGAUGGCAAGCCUUUAUUUUUGGGAGACUCUAAUAUUGAAAUUCUAGAGAGAGGACAAGUUUUACAUUUAAAGAAUGCACGAAGAAGUGACAAGGGGCGCUACCAGUGUACUGUGUCUAAUGCAGCUGGCAAACAAUCCAAGGAUAUAAAACUGACAAUCUAUAUUCCACCUAGUAUUAAAGGAGGGAAUGUCACCACAGAAGUGUCAGCUUUGAUCAACAGCAUAAUUAAACUGGAAUGUGAAACACGAGGACUUCCAAUGCCUGUUAUUACUUGGUAUAAGGAUGGCCAGCCAGUUAUAUCCAGCUCACAAGCACUUUAUGUUGAAAAAGGACAAUUUCUUCAUAUCCCUCGAGCACAGGUCUCUGAUUCAGCGACAUAUAAGUGUCAAGUAACCAAUAUUGCUGGAACUGCUGAAAAAUCAUUCCAUGUGGAUAUCUAUGUUCCUCCAAUGAUCGAAGGUGACUUGGCUGCACCUCUGAAUAAGCAAGUGAUUGUUGCUCAUUCACUGACGCUGGAGUGUAAAGCUGCCGGCCACCCUCCUCCAGUUCUAACCUGGUUGAAAGACGGUGUACCUGUGAAAGCCGGUGGCAACAUCCACAUAGAAGCUGGUGGAAAGAAACUAGAAAUCACACGUGCCCUAGAAGUCGAUAGGGGCCAGUAUAUAUGUGUGGCUACGAGUGUGGCAGGAGAAAAGGAAAUCAAAUACGAAGUUGAUGUCUUAGUGCCACCAGCUAUAGAAGGAGGAGAUGAAACGUCUUACUUCAUUGUAAUUGUCAAUAACUUGCUGGAACUAGAUUGUCAAGUGACAGGUUCUCCUCCACCAACUAUCAUGUGGCUGAAGGAUGGCCAGCUCAUUGAUGAAAGAGAUGGAUUCAAGAUCUUACUAAAUGGACGCAAACUGGUUAUUGCCCAGGCUCAGGUGUCAGACACAGGCCUUUACCGGUGUGUAGCAACAAACGCUGCUGGAGACCACAUGAAGGAGUUUGAAGUAACUGUUCAUGUUCCUCCAACAAUCAAAUCCUCCGGUCUUUCUGAGAGAGCUGUAUUAAAGUACAAACCCAUCACCUUGCAGUGCAUAGCUAAUGGCAUUCCAAAUCCAUCUAUUACAUGGUUGAAAGAUGGACAGCCUGUCAACACUGCCCAAGGAAACCUCAAAAUACAGUCUUCUGGUCGACUUCUACAAAUUGCCAAAGCCCUGAUGGAAGAUGCUGGCAGAUACACAUGCGUGGCUACCAAUGCAGCUGGAGAAACACAGCAGCCCAUUCAACUGCAUGUACAUGAACCACCCAGCCUGGAGGAUGCCGGGAAGAUGCUGAAUGAGACCGUGGUGGUGAACAGCCCCGUACAGCUGGAGUGUAAGGCAGCUGGAAAUCCCUCACCUGCUAUUACAUGGUACAAAGAUAAUCGUCCACUGUCAGAUUCCAGUAGUGUGACUUUCUUGAACAGAGGACAGAUCAUCAAUAUCGAAAGUGCCCAGAUCACAGAUGCUGGCAUAUAUAAAUGUGUGGCCAUCAACUCAGCUGGAGCAACUGAGUUAUUUUACAGUCUGCAGGUCCAUGUGCCCCCAUCAAUUUUUGGCAGCAACAACAUGGUGGCAGUGGUGGUUAAUAACCUGGUGAGGUUAGAGUGUGAAGCCAGAGGUAUCCCGGCCCCAAGUCUGACCUGGCUGAAAGAUGGGAGCCCUGUCACUAGUUUUGUUAAUGGGAUACAGGUUCUGUCUGGGGGUCGCAUCCUAGCAUUGACCAGUGCACAGAUCAGUGAUACCGGGAGAUACACCUGCGUUGCAGUAAAUGCUGCUGGGGAGAAACAAAGGGAUAUUGACCUCAGAGUAUAUGUUGCACCAAAUAUUAUGGGAGAAGAACAGAACGUCUCUGUCCUCAUUAGCCAAGCUGUGGAGUUACUAUGUCAAAGUGAUGCUAUUCCCCCACCGACUCUGACCUGGUUAAAAGAUGGCCGCCCCUUGCUGAAGAAACCAGGUCUCAGUGUUACUGAAAAUGGGAGUGUGCUAAAGAUUGAAGAUGCUCAGGUUCAAGAUGGUGGUCGCUACACUUGUGAAGCCACAAAUCUUGCAGGAAAAACUGAGAAAAACUAUAAUGUCAACAUCUGGGUACCACCAAAUAUUUCUGGUUCUGAUGAAGUUGCUCAACUUACAGUCAUUGAAGGACACCUCAUUAGUCUAUUGUGUGAAUCAAGUGGUAUUCCACCCCCAAAUCUCAUUUGGAAGAAAAAAGGCUCCCCAGUGCUGGCUGGUUCUGCGGGGCGACUCAGAAUUUUAUCUGGAGGCAGGCAGUUGCAGAUUUCAAUUGCAGAAAAAUCUGAUGCAGGGCUCUAUUCAUGUAUGGCAUCAAAUGUUGCUGGGACUGCAAAGAAAGACUACAGUCUGCAAGUUUACAUUCGACCAACUAUAUCCAACAGUGGUAGCCACCCUACUGAAAUCAUUGUAACUCGAGGAAAGAGCAUUUCCUUGGAGUGUGAGGUGGAAGGUAUUCCUCAACCAACAGUGAGCUGGAUGAAAGAUGGCCGCCCUUUGACCAAAGGCAGGGGAAUGGAAAUAAUGGAUGAAGGUCGUGUUGUUCAGCUGAAGAAUGUUCAUGUGUCUGACACAGGCCGUUAUGUGUGUGUUGCUAUGAAUAUAGCAGGAAUGACUGACAGAAAAUAUGACUUAAGUGUACACACCCCUCCAAGCAUCAUUGGAAACCACAGGACACCCGAAAAUAUAAGUGUGGUGGAAAAAAGCUCAGUGUCCCUCAAUUGUGAAGCUUCAGGAAUUCCCCUGCCUUCAAUUACGUGGCUUAAAGAUGGGUGGCCCAUCAACCUUAGCAGCUCCCUGCGAAUCCUCUCAGGAGGUAGGAUUCUGCGAUUGAUACAGACCAGAACAGAAGAUGCUGGCCAGUAUACAUGUGUUGUAAGAAACGCAGCUGGUGAAGAAAGAAAAAUCUUUCGACUUUCAGUAUUAGUACCACCUCACAUCGUGGGUGAAAAUACAUUUGAAGAUGUGAAAGUAAAAGAGAAACAGAGUGUUACACUGACUUGUGAAGUGACAGGGAGUCCAGUACCAGAAAUAACAUGGCAUAAAGAUGGUCAGCUUCUCAAAGAAGAUGACACUCAUCAUCUUAUGUCUGGUGGUCGUUUUCUUCAAAUUACGAAUGCCCAAGUGUCACACACUGGAAGAUACACAUGUUUGGCUUCUAAUACAGCUGGUGACAAGAGCAAAAGUUUCAGUCUUAAUGUGUUGGUAUCUCCUAUAAUUGCUGGUGUUGGUAGUGAUGGCAGCCCUGAAGACGUCACUGUUAUCCUUAACAGCCCCACAUCUUUGGUCUGCGAAGCUUAUUCAUAUCCCCCAGCCACCAUCACCUGGUUUAAGAAUGGAACUCCUUUAGAAUCCAACCGAAAUAUCCGUAUUCUUCCAGGAGGCAGGACUCUGCAGAUCCUAAAUGCACAGGAGGACAAUGCUGGGAGAUAUGCUUGUGUAGCCACUAAUGAGGCAGGGGAGAUGAUAAAGCACUAUGAAGUGAAGGUCUACAUUCCACCCAUAAUCAAUAAAGGGGACCUCCUGGGGCCAGGUCUUUCCCCUAAAGAAGUGAAGAUCAAAGUAAACAACACACUGACCUUGGAGUGUGAAGCCUAUGCGAUUCCUUCUGCGUCUCUCAGCUGGUACAAGGAUGGACAGCCCCUUAAAUCAGAUGAUCAUGUUACUAUUGCUGCCAGUGGACACACACUUCAAAUCAAGGAGGCUCAAAUAUCAGACACUGGACGAUACACGUGUGUAGCAUCUAAUAUCGCAGGUGAAGAUGAGCUGGAUUUUGAUGUGAAUAUACAAGUUCCUCCAAGUUUUCAGAAGCUCUGGGAAAUAGGGAACAUGGUGGAUACUGGCAGGAGAGGUGAAGCCAAGGAUGUGAUCGUCAACAAUCCCAUCUCUCUUUAUUGUGAGACUAACGCUGCUCCCGCUCCUACGCUGACGUGGUAUAAAGAUGGCCGCCCUCUGACCUCAAGUGAGAGAGUACUGAUUUUGCCAGGAGGGCGAGUGUUACAGAUUCCUCGGGCUAAAGUAGAAGAUGCUGGGAGAUACACGUGUGUGGCUGUGAAUGAGGCUGGAGAAGAUUCCCUUCAGUAUGAUGUUCGUGUACUCUUGCCACCAGUUAUCAAGGGAGCAAAUGGUGAUCUCCCUGAAGAGGUCACCGUGCUGGUGAACAAGAGUGUGCUGAUGGAGUGUUUAUCCAGUGGCAGUCCCACACCAAGGAGUUCCUGGCAAAAAGAUGGGCAGCCGUUGCUAGAAGAUGAGCAUCAUAAAUUUCUGUCUAAUGGGAGAAUUCUUCAGGUUCUAAAUAGUCAAAUAACAGAUAUCGGCAGAUAUGUGUGCGUUGCUGAGAACACAGCUGGAAGUGCCAAAAAAUAUUUUAACCUCAAUGUUCAUGUUCCUCCAAGUGUCAUUGGUCCUAACCCUGAAAAUCUCACUGUUGUGGUGAACAAUUUCAUCUCUUUGACCUGUGAGGUCUCUGGUUUUCCACCUCCUGAUCUCAGCUGGCUCAAGAAUGAACAGCCUAUCAAACUAAACACAAAUGCUUUCAUUGUGCCUGGUGGUCGAACUUUGCAAAUUAUCCGGGCCAAGGUAUCUGAUGGUGGUGAAUACACUUGUAUAGCUAUCAACCAAGCUGGGGAAAGCAAGAAAAAAGUUUCCCUGACUGUUUAUGUGCCCCCAAGCAUUAAAGAUCAUGGAAGCGAAUCUCUUUCUGUAGUUAAUGUAAGAGAGGGGACCUCAGUAUCACUGGAAUGUGAGUCGAAUGCUGUCCCGCCUCCAGUCGUCACCUGGUAUAAGAAUGGACGGAUGCUAACAGAGUCUGCUCAGCUGGAGGUUCUGGCCGAUGGACAAAUGCUGCAUAUCACAAAAGCUGAGGUAUCUGACACAGGCCAGUAUGUAUGUAGAGCUAUAAAUGUAGCAGGACGAGAUGAUAAAAAUUUCCACCUCAAUGUAUAUGUGCCACCCAGUAUUGAAGGGCCUGAAAACGAAGUCAUUGUGGAGACAGUCAGCAAUCCUGUGACUUUAACAUGUGAUGCUACUGGAAUCCCACCUCCCUCAAUAGCAUGGCUGAAGAACCACAAACCCAUAGAAAAUUCUGGCUCACUGGAAGUUCAUAUUUUGUCUGGGGGAAGCAAACUCCAAAUUGCCAGGUCCCAACAUUCAGAUAGUGGAAACUAUACAUGCAUUGCCUCAAAUAUGGAGGGAAAAGCACAGAAAAAUUACAUUCUUUCAAUUCAAGUUCCUCCAAAUGUUGCUGGUGCUGAGAUUCCAAGUGAAGUCAGUGUCCUUCUUGGGGAAAAUGUUGAGCUGGUCUGCAAUGCAAAUGGCAUUCCCACCCCACUUAUUCAGUGGCUUAAAGAAGGAAAGCCCGUAGUUAACAGUGAAACAGAAAGAAUUCGGGUGACUGCAGAUGGCAGCACAUUAAACAUUUACGGAGCUCUCCCAUCUGACAUGGGGAAGUACACGUGUGUUGCUACUAAUCCUGCUGGAGAAGAAGACCGGAUUUUUAAUUUAAAUGUCUAUGUUCCACCUGCAAUUAGAGGUAAUAAAGAAGAAGCAGAGAAAUUAAUGGCUUUGGUGGAUACAUCAAUAAAUAUUGAAUGCAGAGCCACAGGAAUGCCUCCGCCACAGAUAAACUGGCUAAAGAAUGGACUUCCUCUGCCUCUCUCCUCUCAUAUCCGGUUGCUAUCUGGAGGACAAGUUAUCAGGAUUGUGAGAGCUCAGGCAUCUGAUGUUGCUGUAUAUACUUGUGUGGCAUCCAACAGAGCCGGGGUGGAUAAUAAACAUUAUAGUCUUCAAGUUUUGGUACCACCAAGUCUGGACAAUGGGAUGGGAACAGAGGAAAUCACAAUUGUCAAGGGUAGUUCCACCUCCAUGACAUGUUUUACUGAUGGAACCCCAGCUCCCAGGAUGUCCUGGCUUAGAGAUGGUCAGCCUCUGCGUCUAGAUGCCCAUCUGUCAAUCAGCUCUCAAGGAAUGGUCCUUCAGCUCAUCAAAGCAGAAACUGAAGAUUCAGGACGGUACACCUGCAUUGCCUCGAACGAAGCAGGAGAAGUCAGCAAACACUUUAUCCUGAAGGUCUUGGAACCACCUCAUAUCAAUGGAUCUGAAGAACCCAUAGAAAUGUCAGUAAUUGUUAAUAAUCCUCUUGAACUUACCUGUAUGGCUUCUGGAAUCCCAGCUCCUAAGAUUACCUGGAUGAAAGAUGGUCGACCCCUUCCACAAAUGGAUCAGAUGCAGACUCUUGGAGGAGGAGAGGUUCUUCGAAUAUCUAGUACUCAGGUGGAAGAUACAGGAAGAUAUACAUGUCUGGCAUCCAGUCCUGCAGGAGAUGAUGAUAAAGAGUAUUUAGUGAGAGUGCACGUACCCCCUAAUAUUGCUGGAACUGGUGAGCCCCAGGGUUUCACUGUGUUACGGAACAGACAAGUGACAUUGGAAUGCAAGUCGGAUGCAGUGCCUCCACCUGUAAUCGCUUGGCUCAGAAAUGGAGAGCGGUUACAGGCAACACCUCGAGUAAGAAUCCUAUCUGGAGGGAGAUACUUGCAAAUUAAUAACGCAGAUCUAGGUGAUACAGCCAAUUAUACCUGUGUUGCCAGCAACAUUGCGGGAAAGACUACAAGAGAGUUUAUUCUCACUGUCAAUGUUCCUCCGAGCAUAAAGAGUGGCCCCCAGAGUCUUGUCAUUCACUUAAAUAAGUCAACUGUAUUGGAAUGCUUUGUGGAAGGUGUGCCAACCCCAAGAAUAACAUGGAGAAAGGAUGGAGCUGUUCUACCUGGGACUCAUGCAAGAUACUCCAUCUUGGAAAAUGGAUUCCUUCAUAUCCAGUCGGCACAAGUGACUGAUAGUGGGCGAUAUUUGUGUAUGGCUACCAAUGCUGCUGGGACAGAUCGCAGGCGAAUAGACUUACAGGUCCAUGUUCCUCCAUCCAUUGCUCUGGGUCCUACCAACAUAACUGUAACAGUAAAUGUUCAAACCACUCUGGCUUGUGAGGCUACUGGCAUACCGAAACCGUCAGUCAACUGGAGGAAAAACGGGCAUCUUCUGAAUGUGGAUCAAAAUCAGAAUUCAUACAGGCUCCUUUCUUCAGGUUCACUAGUAAUUAUUUCCCCUUCUGUGGAUGACACUGCGACCUAUGAAUGCACGGUGACAAAUGAUGCCGGAGAGGACAAGAGAACUGUGGAUCUCACUGUCCAAGUUCCACCUUCCAUUGCUGAUGAGCCUACAGACUUCCUAGUAACCACACACACCCCGACAGUGAUCACCUGCACCGCUUCAGGAGUUCCGUUUCCCUCAAUUCACUGGAUGAAGAAUGGUAUAAGACUGCUUCCCAGAGGAGAGGGCUAUAGAAUUCUGUCCUCAGGAGCAAUUGAAAUACAUGACACUCAGCUAAGCCAUGCUGGAAGAUAUACUUGUGUUGCCAGGAAUUCAGCUGGUUCUGCACAUCGACAUGUGAGCCUUCAUGUCCAAGAGCCUCCAGUCAUUCAGCCUCAGCCAAGUGAGCUGGACGUCAUUCUAAACAAUCCCAUUUUAUUACCAUGUGAAGCAACAGGGACACCCGGUCCUUUCAUCACUUGGCAAAAAGAAGGCAUCAGUGUCAUCAGUUCAGGUAGAAGCCAUGCAGUUCUUCCCCGUGGCGGCUUGCAGAUCUCCAGAGCUGUCAGAGAGGAUGCUGGCACUUACAUGUGUGUGGCUCAGAAUCCAGCUGGUACAGCCUUGGGCAAAAUCAAGUUGAAUGUCCAAGUUCCUCCAGUCAUUAGCCCUCAUCCUAAGGAAUACAUCACUGUUGUGGAUAAACCCAUCAUGCUACCGUGUGAGGCAGAUGGCCUCCCACCACCUGACAUCAUGUGGCAUAAAGAUGGGCAUGUAAUUAUGGAGUCAGUCCGCCAGCGCAUCCUCAGCUCCGGUGCUCUGCAGAUAGCAUUUGCUCAGCCUGGUGAUGCUGGCCAGUACACGUGCAUGGCAGCUAACGUGGCAGGAUCAAGCAGCACGAGCGCCAAGCUCACCGUCCAUGUACCACCUACAAUCCAAAGCACAGAAGUACAUUACACAGUCAAUGAGAAUUCACAAGCCGUUCUUCCAUGCGUGGCUGAUGGAAUCCCUACACCAGCAAUUAACUGGAAAAAAGACAAUGUUCUUUUGUCUAACUUGUUAGGAAAAUAUACUGUCGAACCCUAUGGAGAGCUUAUCCUGGAAAAUGUUGUGCCGGAGGAUUCUGGCACCUAUACCUGCAUUGCUAACAACGCUGCAGGUGAAGACAGACACACCAUCAGCCUGACUGUUCAUGUUCUUCCCACUUUUACUGAACUCCCUGGAGAUGUGUCAUUAAAUAAGGGAGAACAGCUCCGAUUAAACUGUAAAGCAACUGGUAUUCCAUUGCCCAAGUUAACAUGGACCUUCAAUAACAAUAUUAUCCCAGCCCACUUUGACAGCAUCAAUGGACACAGUGAACUUGUUAUUGAAAGGAUAUCAAAAGAGGAUUCAGGCACUUAUGUGUGCACUGCUGAAAACAGCGUUGGUUUUGUGAAGGCAAUUGGAUUUGUUUAUGUGAAAGAACCUCCAGUCUUCAAAGGUGAUUACCCUUCUAACUGGAUUGAACCACUUGGUGGUAAUGCAAUCCUGAACUGUGAGGUGAAAGGAGAUCCCGCCCCAACCAUCCAGUGGAGCAGAAGGGGGAUUGAUAUUGAAAUUAGCCACAGAAUCCGGCAACUUGGCAAUGGUUCAUUGGCCAUUUAUGGCACUGUAAAUGAAGAUGCUGGUGAUUAUACGUGCGUAGCUACCAAUGAAGCUGGGGUGGUGGAACGCAGCAUGAGUCUGACUUUGCAGAGUCCUCCUAUUAUCACUCUUGAACCAGUAGAAACUAUUAUUAAUGCUGGCGGCAAAGUCAUCUUGAAUUGUCAAGCAUCUGGAGAGCCUCAUCCAACCAUUACAUGGUCCCGUCAAGGGCACUCUAUCCUCUGGGAUGAGCGAAUUAAUGUGUUGUCCAACAACUCAUUACAUAUCGCUGCUGCUCAGAAAGAAGAUACGUCCGAGUAUGAAUGCGUUGCUCGAAACUUGAUGGGUUCUGUCCUUGUGAGAGUGCCAGUCAUAGUCCAGGUGCCCGGUGGCUUUUCCCAGUGGUCGGCCUGGAGACCCUGCAGCGUCACCUGUGGGAAAGGGGUCCAGAAGAGGAGUCGUCUGUGCAACAGCCCCUCUCCAGCCAACGGUGGGAAGCCUUGCCAGGGAUCGGAUUCAGAAAUGCAAAGCUGUCAACAGAAGCCGUGUCCAGUGGAUGGGAACUGGUCAGAGUGGAGUUCCUGGGAAGAAUGCACGAGGAGCUGUGGACGUGGCAACCGAACCAGGACCAGAACUUGCAAUAAUCCAUCAGUUCAGCACGGUGGGCGGCCGUGUGAAGGGACUGCCGUGGAAACCAUCAUGUGCAACAUUCGGCCUUGCCCAGUUCAUGGAGCAUGGAGUACCUGGCAGCCUUGGGGUACAUGCAGCGUAAGUUGUGGAAAAGGUACCCAAACAAGAACAAGACUGUGCAAUAACCCACCACCAUCAUUUUCUGGAUCCUACUGUGAUGGAGCAGAAACACAGAUGCAAGUUUGCAAUGAAAGACACUGUCCAAUUGAUGGCAAGUGGGCCACUUGGACCAGCUGGAGUGCCUGCUCUGUAUCCUGUGGAGGCGGCGCCAGGCAGCGAACAAGGGACUGCUCUGACCCUGCUCCUCAGUAUGGAGGCAACAGAUGCGAAGGGAGUGAUGUCCAGAGCGAUUUUUGUAAUAGUGACUCUUGUCCAACUCAUGGUAACUGGAGUCCUUGGAGUGGCUGGGGAAUAUGCAGCCGGACAUGUAAUGGGGGGCAGAUGCGGCGGUACCGCACAUGUGAUAACCCGCGUCCCUCCAAUGGAGGAAGAGCUUGUGGAGGCCCAGACUCCCAGAUCCAGAGAUGCAACACGGACAUGUGUCCUGUGGAUGGAAGUUGGGGAAACUGGCAGAGUUGGAGCUGGUGUUCCACCUCUUGUGGAGGAGGUGAAAAGAUACGAAAACGGCUCUGCAACAAUCCAGUACCAUCUAAAAGUGGUCGCCCCUGCCCAGGCGAUGCUACUCAGGUAUCCAGAUGUAAUAUACAAGUAUGUCCAGGUGGGCCCCAACGAGCCAGAGGAAGUGUUAUUGGAAGCAUUAAUGAUGUUGAAUUUGGAAUUGCUUUCCUUAACGCCACGGUCACAGAUAGCCCAAACUCUGAUACUAGAAUAAUACAUGCCAAAAUUACCAAUGUACCUCGCAGUCUCGGUCCAGCAAUGAGAAAGAUAGUUUCUAUUCUAAAUCCCAUUUAUUGGACAACAGCAAAAGAAAUAGGAGAAGCAGUCAACGGCUUUACCCUCACCAAUGCAGUUUUCAAGAGAGAAACCCAAGUGGAAUUUGCAACUGGAGAAGUAUUGCGGAUGACUCAUGCUGCCCGGGGCUUGGACUCUGAUGGUGCUUUACUGGUAGAUAUCAUUGUGAGUGGCUACGUCCUGCAGCUACAGUCACCUGCGGAAGUCACUGUGAAGGAUUACACUGAGGACUACAUUCAAACAGGUCCUGGGCAGCUAUAUGCUUACUCAACCCGGCUGUUCACCAUUGAUGGCAUCAGCGUCCCUUACACAUGGAACCACACUGUCUUCUAUGAUGAGGCACAGGGAAGAAUGCCUUUCUUGGUAGAAACACUUCAUGCAUCCUCUGUGGAAUCUGACUACAACCAGUUAGAAGAGACACUGGGUUUUAAAAUCCAUGCUUCAAUUUCCAAAGGAGAACGCAGUAAUCAGUGUCCCUCUGGGUUUGCCUUAGACUCGGUCGGACCCUUUUGUGCUGAUGAAGAUGAGUGUGCCGCAGGGAAUCCCUGCUCUCAUUUCUGUCACAAUGCCAUGGGAACCUAUUACUGCUCCUGCCCCAAAGGCCUCACCAUAGCUGCCGAUGGAAGAACUUGUCAAGAUAUUGAUGAGUGUGCUUUGGGUGGAUACACCUGCCAUGCUGGUCAGGACUGUGAUAAUACCAUUGGAUCCUAUCGCUGUGUAGUCCGCUGUGGAGUUGGCUUUCGAAGAACCAGUGAUGGGCUGAGUUGUCAAGAUAUUAAUGAAUGUCAAGAAUCCAGCCCCUGUCACCACCGCUGUUUCAAUGCCAUAGGAAGUUUUCACUGUGGAUGUGAACCUGGGUAUCAGCUCAAAGGCAGAAAAUGUGUGGAUAUAAAUGAGUGUAGACAGAAUGUAUGCAGACCAGAUCAGCAUUGCAAGAACACUCGUGGUGGCUAUAAAUGCAUUGAUCUCUGUCCAAAUGGAAUGACCAAGGCAGAAAAUGGAACCUGCAUUGAUGUUGAUGAGUGUAAAGAUGGGACCCAUCAAUGCAGAUAUAACCAGAUAUGUGAGAAUACAAGAGGCAGCUAUCGUUGUGUGUGUCCAAGAGGGUACCGGUCCCAAGGACUUGGAAGACCCUGUUUGGAUAUUAAUGAAUGUGAACAAGUGCCUAAGCCUUGUGCAUAUCAGUGCUUCAACACCCCUGGCAGCUUCAAGUGUAUCUGUCCACCAGGACAACAUUUGUUAGGGGACGGGAAAUCUUGCGCUGGACUGGAGAGGCUGCCAAAUUAUGGCGGUCAAUACAAUAGCUAUAACCUUGCACGCUUCUCCCCCAUGAGAAACAACUAUCAACCUCAACAGCAUUACAGACAGUACUCACAUCUCUACAGCUCCUACUCAGAGUAUAGGAACAGCCGAACAUCUCUCUCCAGGACUAGAAGGACUAUUAGGAAAACUUGCCCCGAAGGCUCUGAGGCGAGCCUUGACUCAUGUGUAGAUAUUGAUGAAUGUGAAAAUACAGACGCCUGCCAGCAUGAGUGUAAAAAUACCUUUGGGAGCUACCAGUGUGUCUGUCCACCUGGCUAUCAGCUCAUGCUCAAUGGAAAGACAUGUCAAGAUAUUGAUGAGUGUCUGGAACAGAAUGUGCGCUGUGGGCCAAAUCGCAUGUGCUUCAACAUGAGAGGAAGCUACCGUUGCAUCGAGACACCCUGUCCACCUGACUACCAACGGGAUCCUGUGUCAGGGUUCUGCCUCAAGAACUGUCCACCCAAUGAUUUGGAAUGUGCCUUGAGUCCUUAUGCCUUGGAAUACAAACUUGUCUCCCUCCCGUUUGGAAUAGCUGCCAAUCAAGAUUUGAUCCGGCUGGUUGCAUACACUCAAGAUGGAGUGAUGCAUCCCAGGACAACUUUCCUCAUGAUAGAUGAGGAUCAGACUGUUCCCUUUGCCUUAAGGGAUGAAAACCUGAAAGGAGUAGUGUACACAAUACGACCACUACGAGAACCAGAGACCUACCGCAUGAGGGUUCGAGCCUUAUCCUACAGUGCCAAUGGGACCAUUGAAUAUCAGACCACAUUCAUAGUGUAUAUAGCUGUGUCUGCCUAUCCAUACUAA